AUGGAUCCAAGUUCCAAAGUUCCACUUUCACAUACAUUGUGGUCUCCCCAUGAUACUGUCAAAGAUGCGGCAGAAUCAUUAGGUAUAAAUUUACCUGAAGAGGCAGCUAAGAAUCUUGCUAUGGAUGUUGAAUAUAGAAUACAUGAAAUUCUUGAAACAGCUAUUAAAUUUAUGAGACAUUCGAAAAGGAAGCUCUUGAUGACUAGUGAUAUCAAUCAUGCGUUAAAAAUAUUGAAUAUAGAACCAUUAUAUGGAUAUGACAGCUCUCAGCCAUUGUCGUUUAAAGAAGCCUUAGUUGGAGCCGGAGGUCAAACAUUGUACUAUAUAGACAAUCAUGAAAUUGAGUUUGAAAAAUUAAUUAAUCAGGAACUUCCAAGUGUUCCUAGACAGACAACAUUUACUGCUCAUUGGCUUGCUAUAGAGGGAGUGCAACCUAUGAUUCCCCAGAACCCACUUCCAUCAGAAAUUAAAAGUUUACCACCAAUCAUUAGAGGUGCAACCUCUUCAAUAUUGGGUAACGAUAUAUUAAACUCGGGUUUCUCGAAUGAAAGCACAGCCAAAGAUGCUGCUAAUGGUACUGACGUUGAAGCGAAGAAUAAGAAAUUGACAGAAAAGGAAGUAGAAGUUAAGCCAUUAGUCAAACAUGUAUUGUCUAAGGAACUUAAGUUAUAUUUCGAUAAGGUAGUUGAAGUUCUCAUAUCGACUGACCCCGAAAAGGAGAGCUUGAAGUAUGCUGCAAUAAAUUCUUUAAAGAAUGACCCUGGUUUACACCAGCUUGUUCCUUAUUUCAUACAGUUUGUCGCUGAGCAAAUCACAAAUCAAUUGAGAAAUAUCGAUAUUUUGUCUACGAUGUUGGAAGUCAUCUCUGCUCUUGCAGAUAAUAAGACCAUAUUCUUGGAUCCAUACGUGCAUGCAUUGAUGCCAUGUAUUUUGACAUUAUUACUUGCUAAGAGAAUUGGUCCUAUAAUUAAGGAUAAUAACUCUAAUGAAGCUUUAAAAAAUCAAUUAGCUGUAAGAGAAUUUGCUGCAAUUUUGCUCGAGCAUAUAAUAAAGGUCUACGGAUCAUCAUAUUCAACUCUCAAACCAAGGGUCACUAGAACCUUAUUACGUGCUUUAUUAGAUUCUUCGAAACCGAUUGGAACUCACUAUGGAGCCUUGUUGGGAUUAAAAAACAUGGGUAAUGAAGUUGUAAAAUUGGUGUUAAUUGGAAAUUUGAAGAUGUGGUGCAAACUCGUAGUUGACGAGGGUAAUAAGAACGAUUCUGAAAGAGAAAUAUUAUUAAACACUACAUUAGAUAUUUUGAAGAAUUUGCGGAUUGACCUCGAUAAAGGAGAUGAUAUGGAAGUUGAUGGCACUGACUUAUCAGAUGAUAUUAAGGAUAAAUUAAAGGAUAGACUUGGUGAUACGCUAUCAGAUUUGGUUCUUAAUCAGCAUGAUGCCAAAUCGAUUGUAAGGGGCCUUUUUUUCGGAGAAAUUAAUAUUUGA